AUAAUCUUUGAUUAUUAAUGUCAUUGUUUGCUCAUUAAAUGGAUAUAACUGUAAGCCAUAAAGAAGAAAUGGAAUGCACAUUUGCUGUAGUGGGAGGUGGAAUUGCAGGAGUAUCAUGUGCUGAAGGAUUAAGUUUCCUUUAUCCAGAGGAAAGCAUAAUUUUGAUCACUGCUAGUCCUCUGGUGAAAGCUGUAAUGAAUAUAGUUCCUCUUGGCAAAACGUUAAUGCAUUUUGACAUAGAAGAAAAAAGCGCUGUAACUUUGGGUGACAAACACAAAAUGUUACAAGUUAUUCAAGAUACUGUAAUCAAGAUCGAUACGAUCAAGAAGCUUAUAGAAACUCGCAACAAAAAGAUCAUCAACUUUAAAAUGCUAUGCCUUUGUACUGGCGCGAGUCCUAAAUUGAUAGCGGAAAAUAACAAUUUUGUCAUAGGUAUUCGUGAUACAGAGUCCGUAGUGCAGUUUUCUCAGAAAUUAAAAAAUGCCAAAAGAGUUAUUAUCAUCGGCAACGGAGGAAUCGCUACCGAAAUCGUGCACGAAGUAAAAGACGUCGAGAUAAUUUGGGUGAUCAAAGACAAACAUAUUUCGGCUACCUUCGUCGAUCCCGGAGCCGCCGAAUUCUUUUUGAAUAAGAUAUCCAAGUCCAAUACAUCAGAAAACCUGACUAAGGAUGUACCGACCAAAAGAAUGAGAUAUGUAAUAUCAGAUAGCACACCGAUUAAAAACGGAGCCGCUCUUGGUCCAGAUUGGCACAGCAGUUUUGACAUGAGUGGCACACUUGUUGAAUCCACAAACAUACAAGUUGAAUACGAAUGCGAAGUAUCAAGAUUAUUUACUCCCGACGAACAGAAACUACUUGGUUCUUCUAUGGAAGAAUGGCCGAUCUAUGUGCAACUAACGAAUGGAAAAAUUAUUGGAUGCGAUCUUAUUAUCUCGGCCACAGGUGUCAUUCCAAAUUCCGACAUAUGUGGACUGGAAAAUCUCGAGAGAGGAGAGGAUGCUGGAUUAUUAGUAGAUUGGAAGUUGGAAACUUCGCAGAAAGAUAUUUACGCUGCUGGAGACGUGUGCACUGCGAAUUGGCCAAGAGCGAAACAUUGGUUUCAGAUGCGGCUCUGGACACAAGCUCAUCAGAUGGGUCGUUACGCCGCGAAGUCGAUGGUCUCGCGCUUAAAACAUGAAGAUUUUCUACAAGAUUUUUGCUUCGAACUCUUCACUCAUGUGACCAAAUUCUUCAAUUAUAAAGUUGUCCUACUCGGUUUGUACAAUGGACAGACUUUGGGAAAAAAUUACGAGAUACUUUUACGGAUCACUAAAGACCAAGAGUAUAUUAAAAUUAUUCUACAAGAUGGCAAGAUGCAAGGUGCAGUGCUCAUUGGAGAAACGGACUUGGAGGAAAUGUGUGAAAAUCUAAUACUCAAUCAAUUGGACUUGAGUAUGUAUGGAGAAGAACUGUUAAAUCCUGAUAUCGACAUUGAAGACUAUUUCGAUUGAUGAAAUAUUCAUUUUUUUUUUAUUAAUGUGCAUUACAUUUGUUUGUAAAUGUGGACGUAUUGAAUUUAUGCAAUAAAAUUUAAUUCAACAUGGA